CCCAGCCGCACACCGGAAGCAGGCCCGAACCAUCUAAAACUCCGCGCUCCUGGCAACGCCUGGUCUCCGGGUGGGCGGCCGGCUUACGAGCCGUGUCUGUUUUCCCACGACGACUGAAGCCCAGAGUUGUGUUUGUGCCGCGGCUGAGCUCUCCCCUGUGGAUCCACAAUGUGAAGAGGUCUCUACCUCUACCACGAUGUAGGCGACUCCUCCGGUCUCCAUGGCAACGCAAUACAACUACAAGAGGAAGAUGGCAACUUUGGCCAGGUUGCGGGAGCGUCUGCUGGGGCUGGAGCAGGAAUACUUUCGUCGGAAUUGGAUUGCAGAAGAAAACCGACUGAGAGAACAUGGUGCUGCUGUAAAAAUACAGAGCUGUUUUAGGGGAUUUAAGGUUCGAGCUCAUAUCAGGUACUUGCAGAAAAAGGCGAUCAUCAUUCAGAAAACAUGGCGAGGAUUUCAAAGCCGGGUGUUUUUCAGAUUAAUGGUGCAGAGAGCAUAUUUUAUUAUGAAGAUGAAUUUCUACAAUGAAAUGGCUGUCAGGAUCCAGAAAAGGUGGCGUGGAUAUUAUGUUCGAAAGUAUAUCCAUAAUUACUAUGAAAUGAAGAAGUAUUUCUUAGGCCUCAGCAUGAAAAAUCUGAUCGUAAGAAAAGAACUGGAAGAAUAUGAGCAGACAAAGAAGAAGGAACGGGAAAAGAAAACUAUAGAAGAGGAAGAGAGGAGAAAGCGUUACGAAGCCCGAAAGAUACAUUACCUCCUCAGCACUGAGCAGAUUCCAGGUAUUUACAACUCUCCAUACAGGCAGUACCCAAGUGAGAUUGAGUAUACAUUACAACGUACCAGACCACGGAGUCACACUAUAUCUCUCAAAAAGGAUGUCACUGAAGGUCUUGUAGAUCCGUCAAUACCAGGAGUUCCAUGCAUCUUUCCUCCAUUACUACCACCAAUACCAAGAAAGAAACCACAGGGUCCCUUCCGUGAUACUGCUGAAGUAUUGCAACAGCGCUACAAGCCUUUGGAGCCAACCUUGCGGGUGGCAACAUCAAUCAUAUCAGAGGAGGAGGCCAGGGAGGAGAUGAAAAGAGAAGAAUGGAGAAAUCGUGUACACGACAAUAUAUUCCUGCCAUUCAGCCAUGCAAAUAGGUUUAAAACCUAUGAGCCACUCCUACAUACUAGCACCAAAUAUGGACCCAUUGCUUAUGGAACUAAGCACUUUAGAGCAACAGAAGACACACCAAUCAUGAAUAAGCCAUUCAAAACUGUGUUUACAUCUAUUUAUCUUUUUGAGAAAUUUCAAAAAACAUAUUCCAAAGCUGGAGAAGUGUCUUAA